AUGUCCGAUCAAGUAGGCUUCAGCUUCCAAGCCGACGUCGUGAAUACGGCCUCCCUAGGACAUGUCUUGACCGGGCGACUUCUCAAGGCCCUCAGUGACGGAGGUGUCGAUACGUAUGCUAUGUGGGCUGCCGUUCAGCUGGGAAAACGUGUACCGGUUCAAACUUCGCACCAGAGCUCAUUGUACGCCCACAUCAUGUCGAAGAAAACAUAUCAAUCAGUUCUGUCGAAGGCACUCAGCAUCGGCUGGGGUCAUUCGGCACCUGUAGCGGAUCUAGCUCGAACUGUUGCUGGGACGAAUGCCAUCAUUCUGAUCGGCGCUCUUGGAACGGGCUGCCAAGCUUUUGCGGCCGCCCAGUGUCUAUCCGAGGUGAUGGCAAUCUACGGACUCGAGGCUGAUAUGCGGCCGAGCGUCGAUGUGCUCAAGGGUUUGGUCAAUUACCUAGCCCCAUUCACCCAGGAUCUCGGCUUCUCAAAGGUUCUCCAGCACAUCACAAUUCUUGCGGAAAGAGUUAUCAGGCACGAGAACAGAAGAAUCGGGGUUGAUAACUCUGAAAGAAUUGGCGAUCUACUCAUGCGACUGAAAGACUUGGGUGGCGCGGCUGCCCUGGCUAGGGCCAUCAAACAAUUGAUUCACACAGCUCAGAAGGACCAAAGAGACUAUAUGACACUGAAGACGCGCGGAUCAUGGCUACCGGCCUUCGCUAGCCAUAUACUUGGCAUGUCUGUAGAGGUUCGUCUCAACCAAACAGUCGUUUGGGCCAGUGGAGGUGAUCAUGGGCAUAUUCUCUUCCAACUUGAUGACGAGGCUACCGUUCAGCCCACGCUCCCUCUAAUCUCACAGGUCGAUGGGGUGGUCGCCCGUGUGAAACAAGACUACGAAGAAGGAAGCCUCGGGUCACAUUUGAAACUUGACUAUCCCAUCGGAGAGGCCCUCGAGGCGCAGUUUCUCAAAAGACCUGAAAUUGACGACGGCGUUGCUGAAUCCAUCCGAGUUGGGAUAAACAAUCUCUCCCACUGGCUCUUGAGGAAAUUGAAACAUAGUCAUCCAGAUGAUUCUGUCAAUUUGAUCAAUGGCCUUGUUGAUGGCGUGAGGGCAUUGGAGGACGCUUUGCAUAAGAUGGGUAUUCACGUCGACUCUAACCAGCAAGUGGCUCCGAAGUGGCCCAAAUGUUUCGCAGAAUAUAGCACAGCAUUUGACUCAAUGAAGGAAGAGAUGAGUCUCUAUUUUCUUGAUCUCAAGGCUGCGCAGACACUAGCAAAUUCCUGCCCGGUGGACCACAGGAAGAACGACUCGAACUAUCAUAUGCUCCAGGAACUUGAAGACAGAAGCUCCGACUCCUGCCCUUGUCGGGUAGUUGGGAGGCUGAUGCACGGCUUUGCGACCACGGCUCUAGCACUCAUGUUCUGCAAUUUUGAUACCGCCGAAGUACGAGUACAAGAUGCAGUCAUUGCAGGAGAAGUUGAGACCGAUUUGAGCAGACAUCUGAUUUUAGACCAUGCUACACUUCUAGAAAACAUGGAGGAAAUGGAAGACAUAGGGUUCAGCAGAGGGUUCGACAGAAGGUUCGACAGAGGGUUCGACAGACGCUUCAGAGUGUCGCAUAAAGACGUACUCUGUUUCCUAGGGGAGCUGAUUUGCUGUGAUUACACGUCCCACUGGUUCGAUGGCGCUGCCAUAGAAGGACCUAAAGGAGAAGCAAAAGAAAUUUUGGUUGUUUCGGGAAGAGAUUUCACCAUCAAUUACAAGUGUGUAAUGGAAAAUGAGUGUUUCGACGAAUGUGGCAGAACCCUGCGCAUUCAGUCCGGCCGGGCAUCAGUGGCUGGAGCCUUUCGCAACAUCGUCGUGGAAGACACGGUCAUAGACCCACACAACGUCUUAGGUCAUAACGAGACCACCGAUUUUGUCUCCUUGGCCGGGAGGACCACGCUAGAACCUUGUCACAGACCACCGGAAACUGGGAUCACCAUAGACGCCUCCAUUCAAGAGAAUGCCAUCGCCGUUCGACUGAACUUAGCCGGAAAGGCGCCAAGGCCAGUGACAGCAUCUCUUGCCUACUGUGUGUAUACGCUCAUGACCUAUUGGGCUGUUCCCAAAUGCAAUCAUGAGAAAGACGGGCCGUAUACAUUAGAACACGACCAAGAUGUGGUUGUAAGUGGUUUCCAUGUGGCUUUCUUGCCUCAGCGAGACGCCGCAGAAGUGCUGGUGUACGCUUUGACCGGGAACACGCUUGAACAGCUUCUUAUAUGUGGUCUGAUGCCACGUGCGCUGGAUAGGUUCGUUACUGGGCGAGAAACCUUGUACUGCCCUAUGUGCGAUAACGAGUAUUCCAAGGCAACAUACGGCGGGCGUGGAAUGACGGAUCCCGGUGAAGCGUACGCAUUCCUUAAGUUUGGCAGCCCUUAUACCCGGAUCCCGAGCUCAUUAUUGCCCUCCGACGUCGCAUUGCCGACGCCGGACUUGGCCCGACGCCCCGCGUUUUCAACUCAACCUCUCCCCGGAUCCACAUCCAUGGGGGCGGGGGCGUCUCAGAUUCAUCUCGCACAUCAAAUUUCGCCGAAAGUUUUGAUCAUGGAGUCAUUCAUAAAAUCCAGGGAAACCCGACCUGAACUCCUACAAACCCUCCUGGCCGCUCUUCCUCCACGGGAUAAGUCCCUCGAGGAGUUCCGCGACGUCGCAACUCUCCCAGAUGGCUACAAAAUUGAUCUCCAAAUUGUCCGCCCGCGCGGCGUAGACGAGUCGAACGCGGACCGGCCUCUCAUUCUGCUCUGGCCAGGCGGUGGUUUCAUCGUUGCCGGCGUCGAGCCGACGACCCGCCCCGCGCGGGAAUUUGCGCUCGAGUUCGGCGCUGUAGUGGUCAACGCGACUUACCGUCUCGCGCCGGAACAUAAGUUUCCCAGGUCUGUGAAGGACGGUUGGGAGACUGCUGUAUGGUUAUCGAAGAAUGCUAGUCGAUUCGGCGGGGAUAUUAGCAAGGGCUUUAUUGUCGGCGGGUGGUCUGCUGGUGCGAACAUUGCCUCGGUUGUCAGCCAGAGGUCUGGUGUCGAGGGGCUGGGAAUCAGUGGCACGCUUCUGGGUAUUCCGUUCCUGCUUGUCAAGGAGAUUGUGCCAGAGAAAUACGCCAAGGAGUGGGUUUCUCGAGAGACCAACGCUGAAUGGAGCCCGACCUUUACUACCGCUGUCAUCAACGAUGUGUCGAAGGCGUUGCAAGCGGAGAUCAAGUCGCCAUGGUACUCGCCUUUCAACGAUCCUGAGGCUAUCCCUAAAUCACCCAAGGCUUAUAUUCAGGUUGGCGAUCGAGACCCGUUGAGGGAUGAUGGGUUGAUUUAUGCCAAAGUUUUGAAGGACAAUGGGGUUGAGUCAAGAGUUGAUAACUAUCCUGACUGGGGACAUCAAGGCUGGACUAUCUUUGCUCCCCAAGACCAGCCUGCGGAGCUAGGGCCGAAUACGAUGAAGGGAAUGAGGUGGUUAUUGGGGAAGGAGUAG